GUCGGGCUCGCUGCUGAGAGGCGGAAGCGCUGCCUCUGUCGCCCGUCGUGACCCAGGUGGCGGCAUUUGCGAGCGCGUUAAGGGAAGCGAAAGGCCAAGGCCAACAGUAGAUAGUCGUGGACGUACAGGUGUAUGGGGUGGGGUGAGCUCGUGCAUAGGGGUAUCCUCUCCUUGACCGACGUCGGUGUCCAGCAAGUCGCCCUCCUCCCCAAGCCCAUCCUCCUCCUCGUCUUCCCCCUCCUCGCUCUUGUAGCCAUUGCCAGUGUCCUGCUCGCCCAGGACGUCGCCAUCUUCAUCUUCGUCUUCAUCCUCGUCUUCAUCUUCAUCCUCGUCUUCGUCUUCAUCCUCGUCUUCGUCUUCCUCCUCGCCUUCGUCGUCUUCCUCUUCCUCCUCGUUGUCCUCAACAUGGCUGUGGCCUUCACCACUCUCCUCUUCUGCUAUGUCCUCGUCUUCGAACCCCUCUUCAUCUUGAUCCUGACCCCACGGCUUGGCGAGACUAGGUGACGACGUGACCUGCGAAAGCGGCGAGCUUUGCAUCGACAGCGGUGACGAGAAGCCCGGUGGGCUACAGUGGCGGUGAAGCUUUUGCUCCCGCUGCCUCCUUAUUGUCGACUCCCACUGCUCCUCCUGUCACGCAGCGCAACGGUGCACUCUCAACAACUACGCGGGCUUCCGGAAGUACUAGCGGCGUCGUUUGGCUAUGAGCCUCGCGAGUUCCAGACAAGGGCGAUUGCUGCUCAGCUGCAGCGCAAGGACGUCGUCGUGCAUGCCGGAACUGGCUUCGGGAAGACCGC